AUGUUAUUUUUGGAAUCCCCAUACAAAGUCGAAUUUCUUUACAAUGUUUACUUAACAUUUAUAUCUGAAUCGCUGCUGUAUUUAACAAAUUUUGUGUUGUACAUAUCUUUGUGGAUAUUUGGUUACUUGUGCUUGUGUUGUAUUGUGUAUAGGAAAUAUGCAAGAAAGCUUCCUACUAGGACUCGUGGAGCUCUCGGAGCAAAAAGAGUGUUAGUUGUAGUGGCUCAUCCAGACGAUGAAUGUAUGUUCUUUGGACCUACUAUCUAUAGAUUAUGUGAACAGGGAGCUGAAGUUUACAUCUUGUGCUUAUCAAAUGGAAAUUAUGAGGGAAAAGGAAAUGUUCGUAAACAAGAAUUAUGGAAUGCCUGUAAGGAAUUGGGAGUUCCUGAUUGUAAUAUAUGUCUUAUCUCAGACACAAGACUGCCAGACAACCCUAAGUUACAAUGGCCAGUUCCAGUUAUAGCUAAGUUAAUAGGACAUCAUAUAGAAGCAUAUAAUGUUGAUACCCUUGUGAUAUUCGACAGAGGUGGUGUCUCUUCACACCCUAAUCAUGCUGCUGUUUUUUAUGCAGUAGCUUAUAUGUUUGUUGAAAAGAAUAUGACAGACAAAUGUACAGUAUAUACAUUAGAUUCUGUAAAUAUAUUAAGAAAAUAUUUAGGAUUCCUGGACUUGCCUCUUAGUUUUUUGUUGUCCUCUAAAAGGUAUUUUCUUCGUUGGACUGAAAGCAGAAGAGUUUCACGGGCUAUGAGAAAACACAAAAGUCAGAUGAUAUGGUUUCGUUACUUAUACAUAAUGUUCUCUAGGUAUAUGGUGAUUAAUACUCUUCGGAAAAUAAGCCUUGCUGAUAUUGAAUUAGAAUUAGAGGUAGAUGAUUGA